AUGACAAUGCAAAACAUUGGUCUCCGUACACCUGGCGUGUUGAGCGUCGUAUUUGGCGCUCAAGGCGCCUUUCUCCUGGCCAAUGCCGUCUACACCUUGGCGUAUCCUUCCGCUGCAUCGAACCUCUCGGACUCUCCGCUGGCCGGAGUUCCCAGUCAUACAGUCCGAUGCAUAGGUGUGACGUCUCUUUCUACGGCGAUGAUCUACGCCAUUGCCAGCUACCAGCGCAAUAUCCCGAUGAUGGUUGCUUCUCUGCCUGGUCGCUUUUUUGCCGGGUAUGUGUUUUACCAGAAUGGCGGUGCUUGGACUCGGGUUGCGGUCUUUGAAGUUUGUAUGGGGCUGGUGAAUGCUGCAGCACUUGUGUGGGAUCUAUACAUAUAA